AUCCCCAAAAGUACUGCAUAAAAUCCAUCCCUAGAUACUUUCCCCUUCACUGAACACACACAGUCUAUAGCACUAACUCAAGCUCUACUUUCUCACUUCAAUGGCGGAAGAACCUAACAACACACCACCACCACCACCAGAAACUGAACCAACACCCGACCCCGAAAACAACACCCAAACCAAACAAGAAAAAGGUUCAAAGAAGAACAUGUUCAAAGACCUCAAAGUGAAACAUGUUACAGGGAUAUUAUCAUUGGUAUCCUUUGUGUUUUCACUUCCGAUCCUUGCUUCUGUCACUUGGUUGCUGUAUAUGAAAAGUUAUGACUGUGAGUGGUUGUUUAAGUUGCCGAGGUUACAGAUUGGGAUCAGUGUUGGGUUGAUUUUAGUGUUCUUGGUUUGUAAUGGGGCGUUGUUGUUUCUACGGGCACGGUGGCCGAUGGUGGCGAUUAUUGUUGUGACGGUGCCGUUGACGUUGAUGUUUACUGUUGGACUGGCAUUGCUUGGUUCUAAUAGUUUGGAAUCGAGGAGGGUACCGGCGACGCCGUUGUGGUUUAAGAUGAAGGUUGAUGAUGAUGGGCUUUGGAAUAAUCUUAAAGGGUGUAUUUAUGAUGUUCAUGUGUGUCAAGAUUUGGCUGCUUCGUCGAUGCCAUUGAAACCGAGUGAUUUCAAUAAGAAGAAAUUAUCAUACGUUGAGUACAAGAUGUUACCCCUUUCCACCAAAUACCUCAUGGAUAUCUCGCCUAAAGUCUUUUCAUUAGAACUCUUUAGUGGUGACUCCUCGUUCGAGCGAACACCUCACUCAACAGAUCCCAACAAUCCGUCCACUUAUGUGCCCUUUUUUUUAAAGUCCGGAUGUUGCACACCACCAGAAGAGUGCCACAUGCGGUACGUAAACGCCACUUUCUGGGAAAAAGACGAUACACCGGAAACCGAUCCGUCGGUAAACGCCGACUGUAAUGCAUGGAACAACGACAGGGACGUAUUGUGUUACGAUUGCCAAAGCUGUAAACAAGGUUACUUCAAGGCAUUGAAAAGCAAAUGGUCCAAACUUGGCGUGUUCUUGGUUUCCAUGGCGGUGUUUCUCAUAGCUUGUCAUAUGGCUCUGUUCUUGGCUACCAUGUGGGAGAUCCACUGUACAUGAUGGUAGAGCAGUGAGACAGAGAUGCAUGAAAAGGUUCAAUUCUUUGGUAUUUUUGGCUGUAGCCCUUUUUCUUUUGUUUUUUGCUAUUUAAUCCUUAGGGUUUCACUUGGUUAAAUAACUAGUUUUAAUUGCUAGACCCUAGACGUCUUAGAGGAGAGUAGUCAUGUUUUUGUUUUAGUACUAUUCCUAUCGUUUUGGUGUAUUUCGAUGUAUCAUUUCAGGUUAAAUGGUAUUUAAUGCUUUGU